UCAGCCACAAAGAUGGUAAUAAAUCUUUGCCUCCCACAGUUCAGACCAAGAAUUCACUGCAACAAGAUAUCAGCUGAUGGUUAUGAAGUAGAAAAUCUCAUCUCUGAAGACCUCACAAAGAGAAGUCAUGGUUUCAGGACAGAGUAUUUUAUUAAGCCACCAGUCUAUGUGACAGUUUCCUUUCCCUUUAAUGUGGAAAUCUGUAGGAUUAACAUAGACCUCACACCUGGGGGAGGCCAGAAUGUCACUGGCUUGGAAAUGUACACAUCUGCCUUAACCAGCAGAACGUCUUGGAGUGUGCCUGAGUGCUGGACCCCAAGCCUGGUCGAGCCAUCUAUCCCCAACAAGGAGGCAUUCACCUUGGUGGGCAAAGUCUUACUGAAAAACCAGAGCCAAGUGGUGUUUAGCCACAGGGGCUUCAAGGCCAGGCCACCUUUUGGCCCAGUGGAAGUCAUGCUCCCCUCUCCUGCUGUUGUGGCCCAGGAGCUCUGGAAUAAAGGAGCUCUUUCCCUUAGCCACGUGGCCCAUCUCAAGAUCUGUAUUACCCAUGUGACAGGCAGCGGUAUCCCUUGCAUCAAGCGGUUGGAAGUGUGGGGUCAGCCAGCCAAGACCUGCUCUCAGGAGGUGAUAGACGGUGUCCUGCUGGUUGCCUCAGAGAGACUGCCGCAGGACCUGGCUCUGCAGGUCCCAGCCUUGCCCAUGGAGAGUGACUGUGACCCCGGUGGCCAGUCUGAGGGCCAGCAGGCUCCCACCAACCUGCAGGAGCUGGCUGAGGUGACUCGGGAUGUGCCUGAGGAGUUCCUGGAUCCCAUCACCCUGGAAAUUAUGCUUUGUCCCAUGCUGCUGCCCUCCGGCAAGGUCAUCGACCAGAGCACACUGGAGAAGUGUAACCGCAGUGAAGCUGCAUGGGGCCGAGUGCCCAGCGACCCUUUUACGGGGGUAGCCUUUACUCCACACUCCCAGCCCCUGCCUCACCCCUCCCUCAAGGCCCGGAUCGACCAUUUCCUGCUCCAGCACUCCAUCCCUGGCUGCCCUCUGCUUGGCAGAGCACAGACUGCACUGGCAGUGACCCCUUCUUCCAUUGUUCUGCCCUCUCGGAAAAGGAAGAUGGAGCAGCCUGCACCUGCCCCAGACAGUGGCCUUGGUGAAGAGGCUUCCUCUUUUUCUACUACAAGCCCUCUGCUCUUACCUUCUACCUCAGAGCACACUGCUAAGAAAAUGAAAGCCACCAGUGAGCUCAGCCUUACACACAUGGACUGUUCAACAGGUCCAGUGUCCCAUGAGCAGAAGCUGUCACAAAGCUUGGAAAUUGCCUUGGCAUCCACCCUUGGCUCCAUGCCCUCCUUCACGGCUCGGCUGACCAGGGGACAGCUCCAGCAGCUUGGCACAAGAGGGAGCAGCACUUCCUGGAGACCAGGCACUGGCUUGGAGCAGCCUGGGAGCGUCCUGGGCCACGAGUGCGCCUCCUGCAAAAGAGUGUUUUCUCCCUACUUCAAAAAGGACCUGGUGUACCAGCUUCCCUGUGGCCACCUCCUGUGCCGACCCUGCCUGGGUGAGAAGCAGCACUCCCUGCCCAUGACCUGCCCGGCCUGCCAGCAGCCAUUCACCAGCCAGGACGUGCUGCGAGUCCACUUCUGAGUGACCGGCCUCAGCUGGAGAAGAACCAUCCCAUCGCUGGGAGGGGCUGAGGGGCCAGAUCUCAGGCACAGAGCUGCCCUUCAGUUUCCAGGUGGCUUUCCUUUAUCACCUCACAGUGUAGCACUUGGCUGCAGCGAGUGAGGGGUUGGGGAGGGGCACUCCACUCCUGCUCAAGCGGCAAAAGGAUAACAAAGCCAUAGGGCUGGGAGGGGUGGGGGAGAUGUCCCUGCCCUCCUGUUCCUCCUUGCCACUCCCUCUGCCAGAGCCCAGCGCCUGCUGGAGGCAGCCCCUCCCUGGGCAGGAGCACCCCUGCUAGGGGCCCCGAGUUGUCUGUACACACCCCCAUCCAGCAGGUCAGUGUGCAUGGAGCACAGCAGGCUGUGGCUGGGGAUCUCAAAGAGCCUCUGCCUUGGCACCCCUAAGUGGACCAUGGCAGGGUCUGUGGAGUGCAUGACUCAGCCCUCGCCCACUGGCAGACCACGCUGAGCCUUAAUAAAGUGAUGGUUGACGUCUGCCA